AUGGAGUACAUCUUUUUGAAAGGAAUCCUGGUGGUUUUGUUAACACAACACUGCACAACUGAAGGUCUGUCAUCAUCGUCGCAAUCCUCCAUGCUGGUCACCCACCAAGAUGGCCAGACCUUACCCCAAGAAUCAGAGUUGCCCCCUGCAGAAGUAGUGCCAGUAGUGGCCCCUCCGAGCCUUAGAGAUGUGCAGCAAGCUGUGUUGGAGGCCUCGGAGCAGGUGGAGGGCCGUGGGGCAGAGGAAGUGCUGAAGGAGCUGCUGGAGAGGGUGGUGGAGGCAGCUAUGGGGCAGGUGGAAGCAGGGAGCGAAGGGAAGGCGGAUGAGGUAGCGGUGCAGGAAGUGGUUGAAGAGGAUGCAACGUGGACUGAAAAAGAAAAGGCCGAAGCCGACAUAGAGGCCAAGGUGGUGGAGCAGGCAGGGGGGAAGGAGCCGGAGGGUGAAGAUAGGGGAAUCCCGGGAGGGUAUACCGAUGUGGAAGAGGAGCAGGAGGUAGCAGAGGUGGAUGCAUUUGAAGAAGUAGCUGAGGAGGAGAAAGGGAAUGCAGAGGAUGAGGGUGAAACAGCAGCUGGGUCUGUGGAGGAUACCAUUACAGAUGUAGAAACUGGAGAAACAGAUGGAGUGGAGGUUAUCAAUGAGUCUCUGGACACUGAAGUCAGUCAGGGGGUUGCAGAGUCAGAAGAGACAGGAGAGGAUUCAACUGUAGAGGAGACAGGGGCGGAGGACGACGCUGUGCAGGUUGUGUCGUCAGAAGAGAAAGUUGCAGCUGUAACUGAAGACGCAGAGGAAACUCCAGCCAUCGUGGACGUGGCAUCGGAGCCAGACGCAGAACAGGCGGGUCUGGAAGAGGCUGACCCUCACCUGGCUGUGGCUGAUGUGGAGCAGGUAGCAGAGGUUUUGGGAACGGAAGAAUCACUAGAGGGAGAAACUCAGGUAGAAAGUGAUGUGUCAGUGCUGCCGUCUGAUAAUCACGAGACAGAGACCACAGAUACUGUAAUGCAGGAGGAGGAGGAGGAGGAGGAAGUGGUAGUGAAAUACCAGUUGGUGGAGGAGACAGGAGCUAUCGAAGAGGUAGAGACAGAAGGUGCAGAUUUGGGGGAGGCGGCAGGAGGUGAAAGAGAGAGUGAAGUAAAGGAGGAAUCUGUGGCGUUGGUUGAUGAGGGGGAUCAACUAGCGGGAGGAGAGGAGCAGGUCCCAUCGGAGACGUCACAUGGCGGCGAAACAGAGGAUCAAGAAAUCCUGGUGAUCUCUGCCCCAGAGCCUGAAGCCUCCGUAGAGCCGAGCACCGAGAUCCAGGCUCCCAACCCGAGCCCAGCCCUGGGCGGGGAGGAGACGGGGGAAAAUACCCUCGGUGAUGAGACAUCCAACCAUGACAAUGAGAUCAUCACCCCUACCGAUGACGUUCUGCCACACAACCCUGAUGUUCCCCAACCGACGCUGGAUAACACAGUGAAGGAUGUUCUGACUGAACCCCCUCAGGCCGAAGUGGAGGAACCAGGGCAGACCCAUGAGCUGGUGGAAGAUUUAACUACAACCACAGAGACGAGGGAGCUGGGCCUGGAGGCGUGGAAGAUUGGAGCCAUUUCUGCUGCAGUCCUCCUGGUUCUGGAGACCACAGUCAUCGUUAUCUAUAUCCUCAAAUGUCGUAACAAAAACAAGAUAGCAGCACUUGACCCGUCUGAUGUGGCUUCAACCGUGGCCCAAAACAAUGAGCUGCACAAAGAGGAGCAGGCGAUAGCCAUGUCCUCCUCCACAGAGGAGUCUGCCAACACUGGACCCGGACCCGGCUCCUCACAAGACCUCCGGACUUCCAUCCUCUAG